AUGGCCGCCCAAAACUUCCCUCAACAAACAAACCAAACGCGCCUUCAGAGUCAACCCGUACAAACCACCCCUGCCCCGGAGCUGGCUCCUGCUGUGCAAAAGUGUGGAAAGUGCGAGCUGCAGAUGAAGGGUUCAUUCGUGCGUGCCCUCGGCAGCACCUAUCAUCUCGACUGCUUCAAGUGCUUGGACUGUGGCGACAUUGUGGCCUCCAAGUUUUUCCCCUUCACAGAGCCCAAUGGGACGCAGUAUCCACUCUGUGAGCGCGACUAUUUCCGGCGCCUCAACCUUGUGUGCCAAUCCUGUGGAGGAGCUCUUCGAGGCUCCUACAUCACGGCACUCGACUACAAAUAUCAUAUUGAGCACUUCACAUGCUCUGUCUGCCCAACGGUUUUUGGUCCCCAGGACUCGUACUACGAGCACGAUGGUAUGGUUUACUGCCACUACCACUACUCGCUCUGCUACGCUGCAAAGUGCGCUGGAUGUCGUACCGCGAUCCUGAAGCAAUUCGUCGAGAUCAACCGCAACAGUCAGGACGAGCACUGGCAUCCAGAGUGCUACAUGAUCCACAAGUUCUGGAACGUCAAAUUGUCCUUCUCACAACAGAGCGAUGACCCAGUCGACAACAAUAACAGGAAUAACGCUGCCCCCACCGACCCAGUCUCACCAACAGGAGGAGAUGGCAGCGGAGAAUUGCAGAUGUUGACUAUCGUGGAUGGACCGACAAAUGGCGGGAGUUCUGCCCCACUCUCGCCAGUGGAUGCGUCACGCUCAAACACUGCACUGGAAAUCAAAUCGCCCGCCGAUUUGAAGUUGGUCCAACAGCAGAUGGAGGAAAAGGUGUAUCAAAUCUGGACGGUUCUCUCGGCCUUUGAGGAGUCCUCGGCUGGUUGUAUCUCUGAGAUGUUGCUUCACGUCUCAAACGGGGCUUAUUACGACGGCGUGCAGAUGGCAGGCAGGUUUAUCCUCCAUGUCGACAUUCUUUUUAGUGCCAUUGAUGACCUCGAGGCCCAAAUGAAGGAGGUCGGCGAUCAAAGCGAUAUGGCGCAUGGACGGGAAGCAAAGAUGCUUUGCAAAAAGAUUGUCAACUUCUUUUCGCUCCUGUCUCAUACGCAAGAGAGCGGGGUGCGCCGGUUAGGAAUGACACAGGAGCUGCUUUCGCUUGUCACUGGACUGGCUCAUUACCUCAAGAUCCUGAUUCGCAUCGCCCUCACUUGUGCGCUUAAGCUGGAACGGCAGUACAACUCGACUUCGGUUAUUGCUCGAUUCCUCAACAAAUUAGUCGAGCUCGCUAACAGGGACAAGUUCCAGAGCGAGGUUCAAGAAAAGCCGACGGUCGAUGCCGAGGUGACCUCUGACUUAUGUUCUGCGUGCAGAGUGACGAUUGAGGACGAGUGCUUUACAUCCAACAACCACCAUCGCUGGCACCCCAAGUGUCUGAUCUGUGCCAAGUGUGCCAAACCGCAAGCGGCAGUCUACUACGAUGCACUUUUUGACGCUGACCGCGGGACGGUUCUGUGUCAACAGUGCAAGACACCCGAAUCGCAAACGGGAUUCUCGCAUGUCACUAAGCUGGAGCAAUAUACCUUUUUACUACGCGUCGCUCUUAUCCGCCUGGAGAACCUUCUUCACCUCAAAGGUGAUGAUCAGGGAGCUGUUGAUCAGCGGUCGCGUUCAAUGGCCACUUCUCCAACGUUGAACCCGCUUUCGCCGCCAGGAUUGAGGAACGAUUCUCGGUCGAAAUCUUACUCAUCGGACGACAACCGGCAGUACGAACCUAUUCAUCUGGGCGAUAUCAAGCGCGUCAAGUCGACUCACUUGGACCGCAAGUUGUCAAACUCGGCUCGAAUUCCCAGGCGGCAGACUGUGAUUGAGCGCCAUCGGAGGCAGCCUCGGGCGAUCGACGCAACACUGAGCGACCACCUUUCCAGCGAGAAUACGAAUUCCAAAAUCGGACCUACAGGAUCUUUGGCAGAGGGUGCUGAGCCAGCAACAUUGGAAAUUGAGAUUGUUGAUGAGAGACCAGAGCCAGGACUCUUGUCCGAAGAUGAUGAGGAUAUCGAUGGACCCAGUCCGGAUGCACCUGCGACCCUUUCGGAUUUGACAGAGCGCCUUCGUAUCAACACCGCGAUCAAUGUGUCAUCCUCAUCGUCGCCGCGCAGUGCUCGUCCAGGACAUGUCUCCCUGCAUGGAUCUACUGGUUCAGGCCAUCCUUCACGCCAUCCCAAGAGACAAUACUUGAACGAGCUGUCGGCACUGGAGUUGUUCAUCGUUAAACAUUUGGCCGUUCUGACAUUGGCGCCGAUUGUUUCGGAGUACUUUACUCUGGAAGAGCUCUUGGACUUGAUUGGACAUCGGAAGCAGACUCUCUGGGGUAGACUUGUCAAAGGACUUAAGACUGACAAGAAAAAGCCCAAAGUUGAAGGCACCUUCAAUGUCCCCUUGGAGGUUUUGGUAGAAAGAAAUGGCGUGGACUCGGCACUGGGAGCAGGACCAGGCAGAAUCAGAAUUCCAAGUUUUGUGGACGACAGUAUCUCGGCGAUGCGCAACAUGGAUAUGUCUGUUGAGGGCGUUUUCAGGAAGAACGGCAACAUUAGGCGCCUAAAGGAGCUCAGUGAGUCGAUUGACAAGGAUCCGUCCGCGGUCAACCUGAGCGAAGACAACCCCGUCCAGGUCGCUGCCCUUCUGAAAAAAUUCCUCCGCGAUCUUCCCGAUCCACUGUUGACGUUCAAACUCCACCGUCUCUUUGUCGUUUCUCAGAAAGUGGAAGAGGAGUCGGCCAGAAAGACGAUUUUGCACUUGAGUUGCUGUCUGUUGCCAAAGGCCAACCGCGACAGUAUGGAGGCGAUCUGCCUGUUCUUGCGGUGGGUUGCAUCAUUCUCGCAUGUGGAUGAAGAGACAGGAAGCAAGAUGGAUCUUCACAACUUGGCGACUGUGAUCACCCCCAACAUCCUCUACUCGAAAUCCAAGGAUCCCACUAAGGAUGAGAGUUUCCUUGCCAUAGAAGCUGUCAUGGGUCUCUUGGAAUACCAAGACGACUUUUGCGUGGUACCAAUGGAUUUGUCGUCAAUCUUGAGUGACCAGGAUCUUGUCGAGUCUUCAACGGAUCUCUCAUCGAAGGAUAUUCUCAAACGGUGUGAGAAUCUUGUCCGAUCCAAGGUCAAGAAGUCUCAUUCCUUGGGCGACCUCUACGCGGAUACCAACAAUAGCAACGGACACCACUCCAACCAUAACAACAACAACCACCACCACAACCAGCACCAUCACCAAGGUGGCCAAGGGCAAAGUGUCACAGGAGCCGGUGAUAUAGUUGGCAGUGGCACUGUCAAUGGCAGUCAUGGCGAGAAUGGUCACCAUCAAUAUCACCAUACCAACAACAACGGCCAUCAGCAUGGCCAUCAUCAGCAACACCAACAGGCACAGGCGCAGGCCUCGAACGGACAUGCCUCGACAGGUGCGAUCCGGAUCCCUGAGCGGCCACGACCAUACCACCACUCGCACUCCUCGCAUGCUGUUACAGUUGGAGGCGGUGCCUCCAGAGAGCGAGGAGCGACGCCCAUGUCUCUCUAA